ACUAUGUGGCCACAAAUCCUCCCUUCCAAAAUGAGUUUCGGAAGUUGAGCGCUCCUCCUGGUUUGAGUUUGGCGCAAAAAAAGACACUCAACCAUGAUAAUACCAUAAGUUCUAAUGGGGAAGUCUCGCUUUCACUGGCUGUGCUUCCCUUUUCUGAAACUGACCAGCAGCUUUCGGAGGUGCCCUCUUUCAAAAAGGAGUUUGAUAAUUGCGAGCGUGUGUGUUGUCUAUUUGUGUUUUGUGGUUUCACAAGUUGGAUACUCGCAGCAGAACCGGGACAGAAGGACUGAUAAAGACAAGUACCGACACACCCGUGGAUUGUAUAAUUUGGAUAUUAGUGAUGCGCUGCCAGACUCUGUGGAUUUGCAGACCGGUGCGAGUUUUGUGGUCCCGACACGGUCCAACGUGGUGUACAUAACGCUAAAGUAUAAGCGCCUGAAACCAGCAAAUAUUCGAGGUACAAUCAGACCAAAACUGAGGAGAAAAGUGAGAAGGACUAAGUCGACUAAUUUAGCUUUUACGCAGAACAAACUUGGCACUUUGGAGCGGGACGCGGGCCAAAUUAAGCGCAACAUUGCACACAAGACUUCCUGGGGAGAGAGCAGGGAUGUCGAUUAUAAAUCUUUGGAUAUAAUCCCUAAAUCACACAUAGAUGCACAAACAGACUCUCAAAUUAGUUCUAUCAGAAUUUACAGCCAGAAGGCACCGCCAUGGUUCAGCCCACAGGACGUGAAAGCCAUGCGCUUUCUUGCGGAUGCCAAAGUUUUGCGGAUCAAAGAAGUUUCUAGUGGAGACUCUCCAUCACUUCUGAUAUUUGAGGGCGAAACAAGUGGUUCAGUGACCAAACAAAAGCCGGAAAAACUGAGCAAUGUAUGUGGAGGGCAGUGUGGAAUAAUCAACAGUCCUGUGGACACCACUGAGGUCUUCGCUUUUCAUCUGGACCGGGUGCUGGGGCUCAAUAGGACGUUACCAGCUGUAAGCAGAAAGUUCAGCUUUUUACACGAUGGCCAGCCCUGUCCGGUGGUGUCAUGGGAUGCAUCUCUUUACCCAGAAGGCCUCGCUGCAGGCUGGUCUGCCGUGAGGUUAACAUGGGGGCAGUACCAGAGAUCCCUGAAACAGAGGUGCUGGCAUAAAAAUACCAGCCCAAAGCCAGACUCAAGCUGCUCCACAGUUCUUCACUAUGAGUGGAGUAAACUGUCUCUGUUUGACUUCUUAUUACAGAUUCACAACCGUCUAGAUCUGGGCUGCUGUGGAUUCAGGCCCAGGAAGGAGGAUGUGUGUGUGGAACUCGGUCACCAUGCCGAUUGUGGGGACCAGAGCCACAUACAACUGACAAACAUCAUCCACAGGGGUCACGACCCCAAACACCUAGUCUUCACCAACAACAAGGGGUUCUUCGACCGCAAUGAGGACAACCUGGACUUCAGGCUCCUGGAGGGAAUCAAAGAGCUUCCGGAGCGGGCCGUGUCAGUGCUGAAGAGCGGGAGACUGAGGGAGAAACUCCUCCAGUCUCUGUUCCUGGACCAGACAUACUGGGAGAGCCAGGGGGGCCGGCAGGGCAUUGACAAGCUAAUCGAUGUAAUUGAGAGGCGGGUGAAAGUCCUUCUCACCUACAUCAACGCUCAUGGGAUCAAGGUCAUUGCAAUGAACGUGUGAUGAAAGUUACACCUUUCAAGUGGCUAAUUUACCGAGACACAGGUAAAGCAAAUUAAUGGCUUGAUCCCUGUGUCCUUUCACAAUGUCCUUUUACAAAACACUGGAGCUUUAUCCGCUUACAUUUUCUAAGUGGGUCUGGAUAAAAACAUCACGUAAUGUCUGGUUAAACAUUGUUUCACAUAUUUAAUUAAAUAUCAGUUUAUAUCACAAGUGCGUAAAAUCAUGUGUUGUCAAUUAAAGCUGGUCCUAAUCUUCAAGACAAUGUAAUUUUACAGUGAAAUAUUGGGAAAAUAAAACAAGAUUAAAGUAAUUAUAUAUUUUUUCUUUAUAUAGUUGCAAAAAUAAUAUAACAACAACAAAUUAUUAUAUUGCUAAUGAAGGAUUUAAUACAAAUUGCCCACUAUUCUUUCAAAAUAGAGUAAGUUGUGUUGUUGAUAAUAACUGUACUGUUAUAGCAAGCCAUUCAAAUCAUUUGAGGUUAAGGAAACAACUAUAAACAUCCAAUUUGCAUAAUACACUGAAAGAGGCUUUAACUUAACUAAUUUGACAUCAAAAAUUAGCCUAACCUUUUCUCAAAGAAACCUGUUUUGCUUCCUUCUGUUUAGUCUUCAUGUGUGUCUCCCCCAGAGGCAAAUACAUUAUAGAAUUUGGUUCAGUUUGAACUUUCCUCCUCCUGAGGCCUUCCAGCAAGUGUAAUUUGCAUUGUGUGUGAAUGGAAUGCAAUAAAUGAUUCUUCUCCGCUCCUGAAUGUUUUUAAAGCCUCUUAGCGUAGCUCAAGUCCCAACUCAGAUUGAUGCGGCUUGAUUGGUGUCAAACAACAUCACUUAUUAUCAUGAACAUUGUACAUUAUGAAAUAUGUUUGGAAAGAACUAUUGACUGUACAUUGUACACUGAAGAACUUUAAGAUGAGAAGUCAGAUGGUGUUAUUCUCUUUUAUGUGCACUCUUAUUUUAAAUUUACCUAUAAAGAACACCUUACUCUAA